AUUUGAUUCACAAUGAGCCAUUCAAUGGAGUCUGCAACUCAGAUCGAAAAGUGGACGAAGGAAGAAGUUCAUCAGUGGUUGACGACGCAGGUUAACAUUCACAACAUAUAUGCAGACAAGUUGCUAGAAGAGGAGGUAUCAGGGGAAGUCCUAGAGUACUUCCAAAAGAAGGAUCUUCUGGAUCUGAACAUAAAACAUGGUCCCGCUGUUAAAAUUGUGUCUAUGCUUGAGGAUUUGAAGAGUGGAUUACAGCAUAAAUCACCUUUUCCUGCAUACAUCAAGAAAUGGACACAAGAACAAGUUUGUCAGUGGUUAAGGGAAGAGGUGAAGGUAUACCACCAAUAUGUAGAGCGGCUUUUUGAAGAGGAAGUGUCAGGCGAUUGCCUAUUUUGCUUCAAAAAGAAUGAUCUUGUGGAACUAGGCAUAAAACAUGGUCCUGCUGUUAAAAUAAUUGGCAUGCUAGAAAAGUUAAACAAUGGACCAGAGCCUAUAUUACAACCCCCCUCACACAUCAACGUUGACCAAGGAAAUCUCCAAAAACCACCUGAGAAGCAAGUAGAACUAUGUCAAGCUCUACCGGUUCAGACUGUAUCCCCCAUGAAGAGAGAACCAAACACAGAAGAGCCCAAAAUAGUGAAACCACCAGGGAAAACGGUUACACGAAAGAAGGAAGAACCAAAACCACAGGCCAUGGGUGCAGAAAUGUUACCGCCCAAGAGCUCAAGCACACCAAGUUCACUUACAUUGCUCCAGUAUACCCUCGACGACUUACUGCAGGACGAUUUUAAACGGUUUAAGUCUUGUCUGAAAGACCUAAAACUGAACGGAUGUAGACCGAUUGCAUGUAGUCACUUGGAAGACAGCAAGACCCGCACAGACGUAGCGGACUCGAUGACAAAGCACUAUGGGGAAGAGGCAUUAAAUGUCACUCUUCAGAUUCUAGAGAGAAUCGGACACAAUGAACUGGCUGCCGGUCUGAGAAGGGAUAUGGGUCUACAAAAGGUGACCGCACAGGACCCCAAAAAGGAUUUGAGGAGAGAGACCAAUCAGGGUGAUACAUUGAAGAACUUGUUAACUUGUGGAGGAAAUAUGAUGGACUACUAUGAUCGAUUUGUUGUUGUUGUAAACAAGAGUCUUACUGAGCAACUAGAACAUCUUCAGUUUCUGAGCAAGUUGAAAUUGUUCUGUGUACUGGACUUUGAUCCUAACUCUGCAGCUCCUGGUGGCGUAUGCAGUUCAUACAGAGAAUCAAGAGUGGCAAAUCUCCAUCUCCCAGCCCAAUUCCAAGGUGAACCAAAUGUUGUGAUAAAGAAUCUCAACCUGUAUAAGCAGACCAGCUGGGUGUUUUGUAAUGGGAGGCAUGAUCUUGACAAUGAAUCGGAUAGACAGCUGGACUACAAAGACUGGUUCAGGGGAAAACGCAGAGAGAUCGAGCAUAUGGUUUCAUUCAUUUGUAAACCUGAAGUUCUUCCAAAUGGAAGAACUCUUGUUAUAUUUCUUUUGCUCUCACCUGUAACUGAUAGAGAUCCUGUCUUUGAUACUUUCCUGGCAUUCUACUCGCAUGCUGAGGAAAGCAUUGUGAAUAUUUGUGAAUCUAGGAGCACAUUUGAGAAAUGGAAAGACUUGAUACAGGAGAAAUGUGAGUCUGACAUCACCAGGCAAUCAAUAUCUGAGUUAACGCUAGGUGAAGUCAAUGGCACUAUAAUGUCACUUGGACCACACAAUCAGCCAUCAGGAAGACUCCUUCCAUCUUCUGACUCCAGCACUGUUGUUCUCCAACAAAAGGAUGAAGACCGCAUGACAGCUCUAGACAUUUUGUGUCAGAAUGAAUGUGAAAAAGUCUAUGAUGAAAAUAGCAAAGAAUUUCAAGACUUCAAAAUCAAAGUUGAAGAGGAAUUCUACAGAGGGGGUAAAGUCAACUGGUGGAACUUCUAUUUUUGUGAAAAACCCAGAGCAAAGCCUUUCAUUAGAAGAGAUAAAUAUGACAAUCUGAAAAAGAUUGUGAAAUAUCAAGAUCCCAAAACCACAUGUGUUUUGCUGAAUUUGUUUCACCACCCAGGUUGCGGAGGCACAACGUUAGCCAUGCAUGUUAUGUGGGAUCUACGCAGAGAAUUCAGAUGUGCUGUGUUGAAGGACAAUACAUUACCAAAAGCUGAAGUGGCUUUUCAAGUCAAAAACCUAAUGAGGCUCGGGAGCCAGAAAUCUACACCAGUUCUGCUGUUAGUAGAUGACUCAAAGGAAGCAGAGAACACACAAACUCUCCAGAACUGCAUUCGCCAAGCUGUUGAAGAGGAAAACACAAGCAGAACUGUAGAAGAUUCAUCAAACUCAAAAGUCAUUAUUAUGAGUUGUGUUCGUUGCCAUAACCCUGAGGACCAGUUCAAACACUGCUCAACAAACAGACAGCAGAUCACUGCUAAACUGACAAAAAAGGAACAAGAUGAUUUUGAUGAAAAACUUAAAGACCUUAAAAAAAGUCAUGAAAAACCUGAAAACUUCUACAGUUUUAUGAUCAUGAAGAGUAACUUUGACAAGAAGUACAUAGCUGAUGUUGUGAGCAACACUCUGAAGGACUUGGACAUGAGCACAAAGAAAGCUCAACUCCUUGCCUUCUUAGCACUGUUGAACUCAUAUGAUGCGGAAUCAGACAUAUCUAUGUCUUUCUGUGAGGAAUUUUUGGGAAUGAAAAAUUUGCAAAUGGCUUACUGGGGGGAAGAUCGUGUACUUGACAGAAUGGAGCCUUACUCCAAUUUGCUAAAACAAUUAAAAGUUGAUAGAAGUGGAAGAUUCAAAGCAAUUCGAUUCCUUCACCAUGAUAUAGCAUCUGCAUGUCUUGAAGAGUUGGACAGAUGCUACAAAAUUAAACGGAGUGAAAUAACCUUGGACAUGCUGCACUGUGAUACAUUGUUCAAAACCUGUGUAGUAAAAGACACCCUCAUGCUAAUUCAACGUGUGCUAGUUGAAAGGCAGCGCAACGAAGUGGGAAUUACUAAUUUUUCUCCAUUGAUAGAACAAAUUCACAGUCAAGAGGGAGGACAAAGCAUCCGAGACAUCUUUGUGAAAGCAUCUUCCCGGUUUGUUACAAGGGCAUCUAUUCCUCAAGCUCUUGCAAGGUAUCUCUACCUCUAUGAGCAAGAUUUUCCCCAAGCACUCAUUUGGGCAGAAAAUGCCAUGAGAGUGACAAAAAACUCAUACACAGCUGAUACAGUUGGACAGGUUUACAAAAGUAAUCUUAAACAUAAUAUUCAGAGUGAAAAACUAAAGACUCCACUCAACCCAAAUGACUUUGAGACUAACCUAAAGAUAGCACAAAAAGCCUCAAAGGCCUUUCAAAUGGCUCAAAAGCUGGCCACAAAGAAUGAAACAGAAGAGCAAACUGAUGAAAAUCUCACAAAAACACCCUACAACACCUCUGGUUAUGUGGGAGAGAUGGAAACUACACUGAUAGUCUUUGAAAUGAUAAGCAACCUGCCAUUCUUUGAAGGGACUGAUCCAGUGAAAAGGAUGUACAUGCAGAGCUUUCUGAAAGGAACACUACCCAUCAAACAUGUGCCUAAAGAAGAUAAUGAAAUCAACAGUAGAUAUGUUGAAAUUAUCGAAGAACAUACACAAUUUCUCCUUGCUUUGAAACCUCAGGUCAAGAACAUUUUUGAAUUUUUCAAUGGUUACUUCACAUACAUAAAAGGAAACAAUACAGGAGAGCUUGAAUCAUUGAAUCAGAAGAAAAUCUCAAGUCAUUUCACCAGAUACAUAACACUGGUCUGCUCUUCCCCAGCGGAAAUAUUUAAAGAACGAGCGGACAAACCUGAACUCAGAUUAAACGUGGAUAUUGAAGAGCGUAGGACGUUUCUGGAGGAAAAUAAUGCAGACACCUUUGCAGGGAUACUUGCAAAGUUACAUCUAGGGAUCCAUCAAACGAUAGACAAGACUGCAGAGGAAGUGGAAAAAAUCACAGAAUGCUACACAUUCUUGCGCCAUAAUUCAGUGCAAAAUAGAAAAGUAGAAACCAAUUUCAUUUUGGUAAAUAUAAUUCUCCACACACUGAAGCCAAGAUCUAAACAUGUGAAGACACACAAUGAACUCAGUGAUAUUCUUAUGAAAACAUUGCAAGAUAUAGGAAUGCAACAUCCCUUCCCAGAGCCAUACUAUCUGGCUUUGUUGUUGCUUUGGCCAAGUUCAAAUGCAGAAGAGACUGAUAUAAGGACAUAUGUGAACUCACUUGGGAAAUCAUCUCACAGUCAAAUGUCCUAUUUGUUGAGAAAGAGCAGAACCAUUGCUCACUUCUACUUGGGUCCAAAAAAAGGAUUACAAAGACUUGUUACUAAACCCAAACUUGAUGAGUGUUUUGCAGGCGUACCACGUGCUGAUUUGUCCCAACUUUGGCGGAGUGGAGGCAUUUUUAAGGAGCGGGAAAUCAUUGACCGUCUCUAUAGGGUCAAUGGAACCUUUGAGCGAUCAGAGCUUUAUGCCAAUUAUGGCAAACUCAAAAUCCCAGUGCGGCCAGCCUAUCUGGGUGGAAUAAGAAGUGGUUACAGUACAGAAAAGGUGUCCUUCUUCUUAGGAUUUGCCAUAGAUGGACCACUUGCAUAUGAUAUCAAGUAUGAAUAGGCUAUGAGAAGCCUAUGUUAGAAACGCCUCAAUGAUGAACUGUAUGUUUUGGUCCAUGAGUGUGGUCAAUGGGGGAAGUAUGGAUAAACCACAACCUGACAAUCGAAAACAAGACAACCAUUUACAAAACACAUGCGCUUAAUGAAGGCAUGGAUAAUCAAUGCUAUGAAAGGAAACACAAAUCUUCAACCUAGUUUUUUUUUUAACACAUUGUCAAGAAACCCGCUGAAAGAAAACAUAUCAGACUCAGAAGAAGAAGUCCAAGCAUAUGGUGGAAAGCAGACCAGUGUCUACAGUCUACACACAGGCAGGAUGACAUCAGAGCGGUGACAUGCAACGACUGAGACCUCCAAAUGGUUAUCAGUUUCAUCUGAAAAGGCUGGCCUCAGAGAAUGGCGCAGCUACCCUACUCGUUACAGGGAUACCACACAGCGAGAUCACAUCUAUCAGAGCUGGACAGACUAGUGCUGUAUCAAGACGGGAUCGUCAUCCCAGCUUCACGGGAAGAAGAUGUUCUACAACAGAUACACAAAGGUCACAUGGGGCUGACAAAGUGCCAGAGAAAGACCCAAGAUAUCAGUGUGGUUGCUGGGCAUCAGUGCCCACAUCGCAAGAAAAGUGACGUCAUGCAAGUCUGCACAGAGAAUAAACCAACUCAAAAGAGAGAACCACUUGUCACGACACCUUUAUCUAAAGGGUCUGUGGCAGAAGAUCGCAGCUGACCUGUGUGAGCUCGAGGGCAAUAAAUACCUUGUAGUGGUGGACUACUUCUCCAGAGACAUAGACCAACUACCACAAGCCUCAAAAGCAUGGUUGUGAGAUGGGGGAUUCCUACCAAGCUCGUUAGCGACAACGCUACCCAGUUCGUCUGUACUGAGUUAGACAAGUUCAGAAAGCAGUAUGGUUUCAUCCAUAUACCACCUCCAGCCUCUAUUACCCGCAGGCUAACGACGCUGCAGAAAAAGCUGUUCAAAAAGCUAAACUAUUUCUCAAACAACCAGACCCACACAUUGCUUUGAUACCGAGCCACGCCCAUCAGGAACAAGUCCAGCGCAACUCAUGACAGGACGUCAGAUACAGACGACCGUCCCCACGCUGAAACACUACAACCAAAGCACAUCAGCCACGAUAGUGUGAAACAUAAGGACCAGAAGUCAAACAAGCUUACCAGUUAUUCUACAACAGGAGGCAUUCAGUGCGCCCCUUACCUGAACUAUACCCUGGACAGAGUGUAAGAGUCAAGCUGGACGGAGAGAAGGGAUGGAAAACAACAGCAGUGGUCAUCAGCAAAUCUCCAGAGCCGAGAUCCGUUAUCGUUGUAACUGAACACGGCACCGUCGCUCAUAGAAACAGGCGACACCUUCAGGCUGUGCCAGAGUCACCUACUCCAGACAGACAGCACCCGAACAACAAAGGAGUCACCCAGUCUACCAGUGAGGACAUCGCACAGGCCCUGCCUGUGAGCCAGCCAUCUCCUACACCCUCACUCAGACCACCAACAAGCCAGCCUCACCACAACCGGUGAGAAUGACCUCCAAAGGUUGAGAGGUAAAACUAGCCCUGAGGUUUAGAAACACUUGAGAAAACAACAACAUUGAGACAAAAUACUCUUUAGUUCAGAAAAGAGCAAGAAAAUACUUAAGUUCUGAAAAAAGAGACUGAGUUAUAGGUACAGUAAAUGUUGCAGGGCAGUCUACCCCAAUGUCCUAGUUGACACAGUUAUGAGAAUUCUUCAUGUAAAGAGCAAAACAAAACAAGGGGGAAAAAUACAUGCUACUCUGAAAUACUGAUUGUUUGUACUGAAACAGUCCACAAUCGUGAGUAUUUGUAUUCGGUAGAGAGGAUGUUAUGGACUUUUGAUUUCUCUCAGAAAAAGUAGUGAUGUCUGAUCUAUCUGGGAUUGAUUAGUUAGGCACAGCAUCAUUAACUGGAUGUUACUAAUUAGCAGUGUGUGCUAAUAUGACAAACCUAGCAAUGAGUACUAGCAGAUAGUAGCUCUGUGGACUGCAUUUUAAGUUACCUGCCUUACGAGUUAUUAAACCUAACUAAACUGGAUUGCUGCGUGCCUGGUCUCCAUUAGGACACUGGAAGUAUAGGCUACUCUUUUAUGUUAAACAGCCACCAGACAACCAUGAAGGCAGAUGUUUUACUCUUCCAAUCCUAUAUUUGGUAGACACUGUGAUUUGGUAAUACUGUUCAAUAAUCCUUUCUUGAGAAUGAUGUGUUUUACUCAGUGUGCAUAGGCACCAGCACCAAACAACAAGUCUUACUGGGUUGAGUGACGACUAUUGAGGUUACUGCCAGUGUUCAACCUCAGAACGUUUUGACUGUAUAUACUUUGAUUCUCUAGUGUUUGGAGAAACAUCCAGUAAGAUUGGAAUAAGGAGAUGAAAUACUAUAUACUGUGUCCUUUCCAUCUGUGGAGUUUAGUUCUACCAUCCUGGGAGAAACCAGGGAAGUAACUGGUGGAAUGAAGAAAGACUGUCAAGACAAGAUCAUCUAAGUGCUCCUGGAUGCAAUGUCCAGAAAUGCAGGAAAAUGCAUGUGAUGUCUAAUAAGUAGAUUUGAGAAUGGAGAAUAAUGAAGCAUUUUGUGUGUGCAUUGUUAUUUUUGGCAUAUUAAGCCGAAAAAAUGAAUAUUAAACAUUUCGUAUCAAGGUGACACUUGUCUUUAUGUUGCAGCAGGACUGUGACUACACAUACAUCUACUGUAAAUAUCUCCAUUGCCCAGAUAUUGUACAUGUUGUAAAAUUGUGGCAAUCAAUGUAAAUAACUGUAGGACCAACUGUACAAUUAUAUGUAAUGAGCAUGUUGUAUUAUGAGACAAACUCAUACCAACAACAAGUGCAGUUGUACAGGUAGAGAUAUUCUGCAGAAAUGUGUUAUACUGUAUGUGUUAUUCUUUAAUAUUGUUGAGUUACUUGUUUGUUUUGAUGGAUUAUAACACUGUUUCAAUCUGAGUAAAUUAUCCAAUACAUUCUCGAACUACAUGAAAUAGGCCUGCUGAUAUAUCACAUGCAAUUUCUAAGUAUGCAUCAAUAAAAUCCAUAAAAGUAAAAUGUUUGUCCCAUUGCUUAUUUUUAACUGUGCAAGUUCUGUAUAAUAUUUAUAAUUACUUAAGUAUUGAGUACAAUAAUUUCAGAGGUAUUCACAAAUGUAUACAUUGAUAGAUAGUUCUUUCACAGAGUUAGUCUGGCUGACACCAGCUCUCGAAGUCCUACUGACUGUGUCCAAUAUGAAAAACUACAGCCUUUAAGAUGAUUGGCCACUCUUUAAGUGCUGCAGAAUGAUCAGCGACACUCCUCUGGGUGUAAACUCUGUGGAUUUGGAAACUAGAAGUGCUC